GCUGCGGCGCGUGCUGAAAAUCCCCACCAUCUCCCUCUCGCUUCCUCUCUUCUCUUUUCUUUCAUGUAAGCACGCAACAGCCCGUUUCGCUCCCUCUCGCCGUUCGAGAACGGGCGCCCUUCUCCCUUCUCGCUCCAACCCCGCGAUCCAGCUCGGCGCGGUGCGGCAAAAUGCUGAAACCUAACCCAUCUAUCGAUGUCCGCGCUCAUUCUCGACGCGGACGCCAUGUAGUGCUGUAGCACGGUGGCACGAUCGGCGAUAGUGGUACUGUGCGGUGAUACGCGAUCGCGACGAUCCACAGCUUCCGGUGAACGCGGCGAACGCGGCGAACGCGAGCUUCCAGUUAGUUUCAGAAACCGUCGCACCCUUAAGAGCAACCCUGAAUCAAGUUUUUGUUACGCAGUUGCUCCGUUUCGUAGAUCGACGUGAUUACACACCGUUAUUACACAUCUGAUCGUGCUCAUGUGGAUUGUUGUUGGUUAUAAGUGAAGAGUGAAGAUCUAUAGAGUAUCUGGUGUGAAUGUAGCCGAAGUUCGGGUGGAUUCUUUUUCCCACUCGCGUGUGUGGAACGUUCCAAACGUCGUCUUGUAGAAGAAUGACAAAUGUUAACGCUACAAAUACAAGACAAAUCAGUUCUGACGAUCUUACAUUGAUAUUAAAGACGUGUCAGAAGCGCAUUGUGGUUAUCAUUCGCCUGGGCGAUACAUCGAUAUUAAUCACUAACUGAUUGAACGUCCACGGUGUUUUAAACGUGAACGUUUCGGAACGAGUGACUGUUACUAUAGUGAGACCGAGUUUGCAAUCGGAAAUCAUAAUUUGUACUCAUCACAUGUACAGCAUGCAGUAAAUCAACGUUAUAGAAGUGCGCGCGCGACAGCAACGCGUAAAAAAACCGCAAAAAUAUUGAUGAAAGACAUAGAUGGAUGAAUUAUUGAAAUUCAAGUGCCUUCAAUCUAGUGAGAUUUCUCGAUUCGUAAGAUAUUGUUAUUUUAUGAAUAAAGGCGUUCACAAAGUGUCUUCAUUUAUGUUGUAUGCGAAAUUGCCAGACAGUUUCAUCUUGAUGACAAGCAUUAUACAGUACAACUUGCAUCAGGCAUUAUCUUGAUCUUUGCUUAGAACAAGAUUGCGAAACUUUGAUGAUAACUUACGCACUCUGAGGAUUUAUGACAAAACGUGCAUAAUGGCGACUAUGGGGGUAACGGUGUUCUGCAACAGGGUGCAGAUCAAUAGCAACGAUCAGGAACAACUGAUGCUGUUGCGGACGUUGCAAGAUAAUGAGAACAACAUCAUUGGCAACCAACCGUUGAUAGUUUCGAAAAACAGCGGCAAGAAUAACGCAACGAAUUCUACGACCGUACUACCCCCCUACGACCCUUCUCGACUGAAGAAGCACGGCAAGAAUGGGCAACCGCCACCCGUUGCCGUUGCUCGGAGGAAUGCUAGAGAGAGAAAUCGCGUGAAACAAGUGAACAACGGAUUUGCCACAUUGCGACAACACAUUCCGAGCCACAUUGCCGCGGGUUACGGGGACAGGGGUAAAAAGUUGUCAAAGGUGGAGACCCUCAGGAUGGCCGUGGAGUACAUCAGAGGUCUUCAAAGGCUGCUGGCUGAAGCUGACGGUGUCGAGUACGAUUCCAAGAUCGCUGUCGGUGCACAGUGCGCUCCAUCUCCGACUAGCAGCGUGAUCUCGUCGAGUCACAAUGGCUCUGGUGAAAGACUCGUUCUCGAAGACGACGUGUUAGCUGCCGAAGACGACGAGGGAGAACAACUGGAAGAGGAGGAAGAUGGGAGCAAUGCCAAAUCAAAGAUUAUAUUAGCCAGAUUGUCUCCGAAUCGGACGGCAAUUUCAUCUCCGCAUGACUAUUACGCAUCCUCGGCAGGUGACGAGGAAAACCUGGAGCCGCGACCUAUAACUGGCGGACAGAAUUUUUCCAGACUGUCGCCAAAUUCUGUGGCCUCGCCGCCGUCGGAAUAUUACGCUCAGAACGAGGAGAAUUUGGAGCCGCAGAUAUUGUCGCCGUACAGCGGCGCCGGCGACAGCGAGGAGGGUGCGACAACUGUCUACACGACUAGCCCGGAGACCUUCUCCGGAGCCCUCUACUACAAACAAGAGAUCACCGAGACGGGGGAAUUCAUGGACGUUGUCAGCUGGUGGGAACAGGAACAGGGUAGACUCGUUCAUCAGCAGCACACGCAACGGCUGACGCACGUGUAACCGUAGUUAUAGAUUCCAAUUAGGGAAGAUCAUUAUUUACAACGAUUCGAAGUCCACUAUACAUUAAUGCGUCUUGGUGAAGUUUCGCAUGAUCUCACUAAACCACUGAGCCUGGACGGGGAUCCACUCUCGACAAAGUACGUUUAAACACGCGCGCGGAUAUUGUGAUCAAUAAAAAAAAAUCGGAAAAUCGUACUUUUUUAUCAUUACAAGUACUUGGCUAAGUAGACCUAUUUAUUAUUUCAUUUUUCGAAUUAUCAACAAAAUGUAACGCUCAUAAA